UUUCUCUGCACACUCUGUAUCCCCCUGGCCAUGGUGGCUGCAUUGCAGCUUUCUUCCCCUUCUCUUCCACCCUCAAAUCUGAAUCCAAAGUUCAAUCCUUUUGGAACUGUGGCAACUCAUCAGCAAUCAAAAAUUGCUUCCUCAUCACGUUGCAGAUUGUUCAUAACCAACUCUCAGCAGCAGCAGCCACAUCACCUUCAUGACCACAUCCCAACCUUACUCCCACCACCUAAUGAGAACGUUGCGGCGGUCAUAUUCGGCGACGGCGGAUCCUCGGAAUCCUCGAGGCUGUACCCUCUGACCAAGAGAAGAUCACAGGCAGCAAUCCCCAUUGCAGCAAACUACAGGCUGAUCGAUGUUGUGGUCAGCAACUGCAUCAACAGCAGCAUUACCAAAAUCUACGUCCUCACACAGUUCAACUCCACUUCCCUCAAUUCCCACCUCGCCAAGGCCUACUCCAGGCUCGGCCUUGGCCAAGGUGGGUUCGUCGAAGUCGUCGCGGCGUACCAGAGCCUUGAACAUCAGGCUUGGUUUCAGGGGACUGCUGAUGCGAUCAGAAGGUGCUCGUGGGUUCUUGAGGAGCAUCCGGUGUCUGAAUUCCUCUUGCUUCCCGGCCACCAUUUGUACAGAAUGGACUACAGGAAGCUGCUGGAGGCUCAUCGGAGGGGGAAUGCGGAUAUAACGAUUGCUGCAUUGGGGUGUUCUUCUGGUCGAAGGGAAGAGCAGGAGGGUUUAGGCAGGUUGGAAGUGAAUUCGAUGAAUCAAGUUAUUGGUUUUCAUGAUGGGAGGCAGGGGAAUUCGGAAGUAAGUUGCAGAGGUGGUGUGUUUGAGAACAUGGGGAUAUAUGUGAUCAACAGGGAGGUUUUGAGAAAGCUUGUACAUGAGAGUUUCCCAGAGGCAAUCGACUUGGGAAGUGAAGUGAUCCAUGGAUCGAUCAUAUCCCUUGGACUUAAGGUUCAAGCUUGUCCAUUCAAUGGGUACUGGGAAGACAUGAGGAGCAUAUCAGCAUUUUACCAGGCCAAUAUGGAAUUCGUCAAGAGAUCAAACAACUGUCAGAGCUUCUACGAUAUGGGUUCGCCUCUAUACACCAUUCCUCGUUGCCUUCCACCGACAACAGUGACUAAUGCCCUCAUUGCAGAUUGUGUCAUUGGAGAUGGUUGCAUCCUCAAUAGGUGCAGGAUCAAAGGGAGCGUGGUGGGAAUGAGGACUAGGAUUGGAGAUGGAGUAGUGGUUGAAGAUUCAGUCAUAUUGGGUGCUGAUAAUUACCAAGAUGAUAAGAUUGGUGUUGAGGAGAGGAGGAAGAGGAGUAAUGGGAUGAAUCGCAUAACUAUGGAGGGAGGCAUGAACAACAAUGGAAGGAAUGGUGUUCCAAUUGGAAUAGGUGAUGGAACUCUUAUGAGGAGAGCAAUUGUGGAUAAAAAUGCAAGAAUUGGCAAAAAUGUGAAGAUAAUCAACAAAAAUGGAGUCCUUGAGGCUGACAGAGAAAGAGAAGGAUACAUGAUUAAAGAUGGGAUAAUCGUGAUCAUGCGAGGUGCCGUCAUCCCAGACGAUACAGUUUUGUAACACAAGAUCCCCAAGUUUGUCUCUUUGUUUAGCUAUCAUUAAGUUCAUCACUCAUUUGCCCUACUUUGGCGGAUUAUUUGGUUAGUUCAGGCUUAUAUUCGACAUUAUAGCAAUAAAGUUGCAUUUAUGGUGAUACCCAUCAUUCAGUUCAGAGCGGAUGGUUUCUUUUGGAGUCUAUUGUACCACAUUGUAAUCAAAUACGUG